GAGAGGCAGGGACGUAGUAUAUAUACCUAGUUUUAGUUGUGGAAUACAAUAUAUUUGUACAAGAGAACGACGGAGAGCGUCCUGAACUUUGCACCUAGUUGUGUUUGGACUUGGGCACAAGUUUAUAAAUUCAAUUUCUCGUCAAUCGUUUUACUUAUUUAUAAGAAAGGUGUGAAUUUGGACCAGUACUUUCACUCCCGCACGUUUGCAAAUAAUUUGUGGUAUUUAACACCCUUCAGUACAAGUUUAUCCUAUUGCGUACAACCAAGCUAUAAAUAAAUAAUAAUCCCGCCAGUGAAAAACUAUUUCUGAUUUCAUUUAAUUUGAAAUUUAGUGAAUUGAAAAAUCUGCGUUUAUUAAAGAAGAAUGGCCAAGUUUAUGCGUGUUUUAAAAAAUCAUAGUUUACAAUGGUCUAAAUUGAAAAGUAUUGAAAGUAUUCAGUGUAGUAGUGCGUUUGCAAGGAGAGAAUACAGCAGUUUGAAACAUCAACCUGAAGAGAAAUACAACAGUAACAUCGUGCAGACAUCUUUAGGUAAUGUGAAAGUGCCUAACGAGAAUGUCGUUGAACACAUUUGGAAGGACUAUGAAAAGUGGGGUGACCAACCAGCAUCGACAUGUGCAGUAUCAGGAAGAACUUACAGUUACUUCAUGAUGAGAAUGAUGAUUCAAAGAUGUGCAAAAGGUUUAAUAGCACAUUGCGGAAUGGAACCAAGAGACGUUGUUGGUUUGCUUCUUCCAAACAUUCCAGAAUACAUAGUGGCAUGUCACGGAGCUUUAGAAGCUGGAUUAACUGUCACGUUUGUAAAUCCAUUAUAUACCCCAGAUGAAGUUAAAAGACAGUUUGAGAAUGCUGGUGUUAAAAUGAUAAUGACGAUUCCGUUAUUUUUGGAAGUAGCAACAACGAUAGGAAAACAUUUGCUUGGGUAUAAAUCGACGAUUUGCAUCGGUGGCGAAGAUGAUGCAUCGCAAAAUGUUCACGGUUUUCAAGAUUUGUUAAUGGCCGAUUAUCAAGCUGAACUACCGGGGAUAAAUCCAAAAGAAAUUGCAAUUCUUCCGUAUUCCAGUGGUACAACCGGAAUGCCAAAAGGGGUUAUGUUGUCUCAUUACAAUCUUAUCGCUAAUUUAUUGCAAAUUAAACAUCCAGCUUUUAUGGAAGAAAGAGAUCCUGAUGUCCAAGAACAAGCUUUAACCGUUUUACCAUUCUUCCACAUUUAUGGAUUUAACGGUAUCUUAAACACAACGUUAUCUCAAGGAGUUCAUAUAAUUACCCUCCCAAAAUUCACGCCGGAAGAUUAUAUUAAAGCUUUAGAAGAAUUCCGACCAACGUUCCUAUUCGUGGUGCCUUCUUUGCUUUUAUUCUUAGCGUCACAUCCGGCUAUUACCAAAGAUCAUUUAUCAUCGAUUAAAAAUGUUACUUCAGGAGCAGCUUCUGCACCUGAAGGAUUAUUACAGAAGUUCCGGCAAAAAUGUGGCAAUGAUGUUGUUAUAAGACAAGGAUAUGGUAUGACAGAAAGUUCACCAGUUACUUUAUUUAUGCCUCUUCUGACUCCACCCUCCAAAAUUGGUACUUGUGGGGUUUUGGCAGCUAGUACAGAAGCAAAGAUUGUCGAUUUAGUUACAGGUGAAGAAUUACCUGAACUUAAAUCAGGCGAAUUACUUGUUAGAGGUCCACAGAUUAUGGCAGGAUACUUAAAUAAUGAAAAAGCGACAGCUGAAACUAUUGAUGAAGAGGGUUGGUUGCAUACAGGAGAUGUUGCUUAUUAUGAUGAGGAUAAAUAUUUCUUCAUAGUUGAUCGUACAAAGGAGUUAAUCAAAGUUAAAGGAAACCAGGUAUCUCCAACCGAAUUGGAAAAUAUAAUUCUCGAAAUGCCUGCAGUAGCUGAUGUUGCUGUGGUUGGAGUACCAGAUACUUUAGCUGGAGAAGUUCCAAGAGCUUUUAUUGUAAAGAAACCAAAAGCGGCUUUAACAGAGGAAGACGUUUUAAAGUAUGUAAACCCAAAAGUGGUUCAUUAUAAGAAAUUAUCGGGAGGUAUACGCUUUUUGAACAUGAUUCCACGUAAUCCAAAUGGAAAAAUUCUCAGGAAUGAGCUUAGAUUGAUUAAAUGAGAAGCGAAAGUUAAUACUCAUUCAAGAAUUGGAUCUUUUUAAAAUAACUAGUUUUUAAGUUAUAACUUUUUUAUUAUUGUGUAAAUAUAUGUUUUUAUUGAUAUU